AUGUCGAGCAGUACUCUCAGGGAGCAGGAGAAACUGAAAGGGGAGUGGGAGAGAGCAGAGAGAGUGUGGACGCAGGAAGAACGAAGACACAAGGAAGAGGAGAAGAAGAUCCUGGAGGAGACGGCAACGGCCCUUUCUCAUCCAACUCCCACAGAGCUCGUUGUUCAGACAGAAGUGAUCGUUCCGGCACAACAGAUCUAUGCAUCAUGGGACUGUGAGUCAUCCAGGGGUCAGGAGACGUCUCUGGACCGCAACCAGCCCUGCGCCGUCAAGAGGUCAGGAUCGUACGAGGGCCCACAUCCACCUUCAUCAUCCCCAUCAUCACCUCAACCGCCCUCCCCCAGCAGGUGUGUGAGUGGUAAGCGUCAGUGCUCAGGUUGUAAUCAGGCGCUGGGGAAAGGAACAGCUAUGAACAUCGACACGCUGGGCCUGUACUUCCACCUAACCUGCUUUAAGUGUGGAGUGUGUAAGGUACAGCUAGGUGACACCAGUUCAGGAACAGACGUUAGGAUCCGUAACGGGCUGCUGAGCUGUCACGACUGCUAUGCCACAUCACACGCAGUUGGCCAGCCGACUACGCUGUGAUUGGCUACAGCCUGCAUCUGGAACCCUUCACAACAUUCUGGAACGCUGUGGAAUUCUCUUAACUGGACAAACAAACUUCUCCCAGAUGAUGUCAUGGAGACUGAACUGUCUGAUGCUAACUGAUGCUAAUGGAGGCUAACUGCUAAGUGCUAGCGUUGUAGCUGAUCAACCAGUUUUUCCCAGACUGACUUGAGUACAGAGACCUGAAGCACAACCACUGAUCUACGACAGCACACUCAGACACAUGCUACAUGCUAACACCAGCAGCAGUCGGAAUGUAGUAGCUACCUACCUUACUGUCAAAUUAGCUGAAUGAUAAAUGCUAACGGAUGCUAACUGCUAAAUGCUACCGUUCACUCACCAUCAUAAUGCCUUAAUAACUCUGCUUUGUUUUGUGUUUUAAGUAUUUAGCAUGAACGAAGACCGUGUUAGUUGUUGUUGUUGUUAACGGUAGUUAGGCUGUGUUACCUAGCGACAGCCCUGACUACCACAUAUCAUUGUUAUGGUUACCGUAUGCCUCUCCUCCAUGUUGUUGUGUAAUGAUAAAAGCAUGGUCUUUAUUCUAAUGUUCACCUGAUCAUCAUGUACAUCAUUAUGCUGCGUUCAGUACUCUGAGAGCAAUAAGGAUGCAUGAUCGCUUUAGUUGUUAUUGGAUGUUAUUAUGACCAUUUAAUACCAAGGAUAUUCUGACACUGUGUUUUAGAGCUUUGCAUCGUACUCUGCCUUAAGACGAGAGUGAGAGGGAUAGCACACGUGUAGUGUUUACGUGUGUGUGUUUGUGUGUGUGUUUGUGUGAGUUGUUUUAGUUCAACUUGAAGCACAGUCCUAUACCUGCGAAUAUUACUACACAUUGACCCGCCCUCUCCCUCUUUCUCUCACCUGAUUGCACCUUUACUCCUAAGAACAACCAAUGAAUGAGACACAGUUAUCUGCUGCUUCCUGUUUAUGCCCAGCCUCUUGUCCUGUGGCAUUUUUAGGCCUAUUUCUUACACCAAUCAAAUGCUUUGGAUAGAUGUGUAGAGGAGAGGAGAAGGGAGGAGGGGAGGGGAGGGGAGAUUAGAGGAGAGGAGAGGA